AUUCUGUUUAAACUAUAAUUUAAUGAAGAUUGGAUGUUGUUCCAGUUUUGAAUUCUGGUGAAAGAAAGGAAUGGUCUGAUAAAGUCAGAUACUCCGCCAGCCUAAACCUGCAUAUUCUACAGCUGAAACUGGAAGAUGUCUUGGAAAAGAAAUUACUUUUCUGUGGGUCGGGGGAAUGUACAGGGCAUGUUUACUCCACGAAAUACAACCUCAAUAGCACCCAGUAAAGGUCUCAGCAAUGAACCAGGACAGAACAGUUGCUUCCUGAAUAGUGCGCUACAGGUUCUCUGGCACCUGGACAUUUUUCGCCGCAGUUUCCGGCAAAUCACAACACACAAAUGUAUGGGCGAUUCUUGCAUCUUCUGUGCUCUUAAGGGUAUCUUCAACCAGUUUCAGUGUAGCAGUGAGAAGGUACUACCUUCUGAUGCCCUGCGCACUGCUCUUGCAAAGACGUUUCAGGAUGAGCAGCGCUUCCAGCUGGGCAUCAUGGAUGAUGCUGCUGAAUGUUUUGAAAACCUGUUAAUGAGAAUUCACUUCCACAUUGCGGAUGAGACAAAGGAAGAUAUUUGUACUGCACCACAUUGUGUUUCCCAUCAGAAGUUUGCAAUGACCUUGUUUGAACAGUGUGUUUGUACCAGCUGUGGUGCCACCUCUGACCCAUUGCCUUUCAUCCAGAUGGUACAUUAUAUUUCCACAACUUCACUCUGCAAUCAAGCUAUUUGUAUGCUGGAGAGACGAGAGAAACCCACUCCAGAUAUGUUUGGAGAGCUACUACAGAAUGCCAGCACUAUGGGAGACCUGCGAAACUGUCCAAGUAACUGUGGGGAAAAGAUCCGUAUUCGUCGUGUACUGAUGAACUCUCCGCAAAUCAUCACCAUUGGCUUGGUUUGGGAUUCGGACCACUCUGAUCUGGCUGAGGAUGUGAUUCACAGUCUGGGCACUUGCCUUAAACUGGGAGAUCUCUUUUUCAGAGUAACUGAUGACAAAGCAAAACACUCAGAGCUGUAUUUGGUGGGAAUGAUCUGUUACUAUGGAAAACAUUAUUCUACCUUCUUCUUCCAAACUAAAAUCCGCAAGUGGAUGUACUUUGAUGAUGCUCAUGUCAAAGAGAUUGGUCCGAAAUGGAAAGAUGUUGUGACAAAGUGCAUUAAGGGUCACUAUCAGCCUUUGCUGCUGCUGUAUGCAGAUCCAAGAGGAACUCCAGUGUCAACACAAGACCUGCCCCCUCAGGUGGAUUUACAGCAAUAUAGCAGAACUUGCUAUGAUAGCGAAGACUCGGGGAGAGAACCUUCCAUCUCAAGUGAUACCAGGACAGAUUCCUCUACAGACAGCUAUCCUUAUAAACAGGCACACCAUGAAUCUGUGGUCAGUCACUUCUCAUCUGACUCGCAGGGGACAGUCAUCUACAAUGUGGAGAAUGAUGCAGCUUCACAAAGCAGCAGGGACACAGGGCACCUGACUGACAGCGAGUGCAAUCAGAGGCAUGUUUCGAAAAAGGGCUCGCUGGCAGACCGCAAGAGGAGUUCUAGCCGGUCUCGGCGAAAAGGAGAUGAGGCUCAGUUAUCAGGAUACCAUAGUGAAGGAGAAACCUUGAAGGAGAAACAAGCCCCCAGAACUGCCCCCAAACCAUCCAGCAGCACCAGCAGGCUGAGGGAAUUUAAAGAGACAGUAAGCAAUAUGAUCCACAGCAGACCACAGCAGAUUUCUCAAACUAUCCAGAAUUCCCCUCGUGGAGGGAGUAGUGUGGAUCAGGCAGAAACACAACCCUCAAAAAGCUUGUCUACACACUCUCGAGACUGGGAAGUGGAGAGUACCAGUAGUGAGUCUAAAUCCAGUUCAUCUAGCAAGUACCGGCCAACCUGGAGACCCAAGAGAGAGUCUCUGAAUAUAGACAGCAUCUUCAGUAAAGACAAGAGGAAACAUUGUGGCUACACUCAACUUAGCCCUUUCUCUGAAGAAGCAGGUAAAGACCUUAUUGAGAAUGAGGUGAAGGAACGUGCUGUUCAAGACACAAGAUCAAGCCAGUCAAAUGUCAGAUACAAGCAUGGUAUGCUAGGCUGGGGCACGCAGUGUCAUAUGGUGGAUCAACAUCCUCGUCUAAUACAGAGGAUGGAGUCUGGCUAUGAAAGCAGUGAACGCAACAGCAACAGCCCAGUUAGUCUGGACAUGCCCUUGUCUGAAAGCUCAACCACCCACAGGGAUGUUCAUAUGAAGCGAGCAGGUGGAUUGGUUCCUGCCUGGCGUAACAUCCCAAAGUCUCACAGUAGCAGCAUCUUGGAAGUGGAAUCUACUUCAUCAAUUGGGAGCUGGGCAAACAGCCCACACACCAUUGGAAAUGGUGGAGAGAUGUUUGUCCCUUUAAAGAGUGAACUGGAUGAAUUGCAAGAGGAGGUGGCAAGGAGAGCACAUGAACAAGAACUACGCAGAAAAAGAGAAAAGGAAAUGGAGGCAGCAAUGGGCUUUAAUCCCCGUCCCAGCAGGUUCAUGGAUCUAGAUGAACUGCAGAAUCAGGGGAGGAGUGAUGGCUUUGAGAAGUCGAUGCAGGAGGCAGACUCAAUCUUUGAAGAGUCACUGAAUCAGGAGCAGAAGGGGGAUUGUGCUGCAGCUUUGGCUCUCUGUAACGAAGCUAUAUCUAAACUAAGACUUGCCAUGCAUGAUGCCAGCGCUAGCACUCACAGCAGAGCCCUAGUCGAUAAGAAGCUGCAAAUCAGUAUCCGAAAAGCCCGGAGCCUCCAGGAUCGCAUGCAGCACCAACAGCCAUCGCAGCCGCUGCCGCCGCCAACCUGCCACCCACCACAGGGCGGCACCAUGGCCCAGUCUACAAG